AUGGUCCCCACAGUCCCAGCCGCCGGCAUCUGGGUCCCCGCCAUAACCCUCUUCAACCCCCAACAUGAUACUCUCGACCUGGAAUCCCAAGCCAAGUACUUCCGCUACCUCUCCUCCCCUGAAGUUGGCCUUGCCGGUCUCUUAAUCCUCGGUACCAACGCCGAGACCUUCCUGCUCACUCGGGAAGAACGUUACGAACUGCUCCGCUGCGCGUGCAGGACUGUUCCUAAGGGGUUUCCCAUCAUGGCAGGCGUGUCGGGCCACAGCAAUGCGCAGGUGAAGGAGUAUAUUGACGACGCCGUCAAGGCCGGAGCCGACUACGUGCUUGUGUUGCCGCCGGGUUACUUUGGACCUAAGGGCCUUAGGGGAGGGGAGCAGAUGGUGGAGGACUUCUUUGAUGAGGUUGCGACCUACUCCAGAUUGCCUGUGCUGAUAUAUAAUUUCCCAGCGGUAUGUGGUGGGAUUGAUCUCAGCAGUACGCUCAUUACGAGGCUGGCGAAGCGACACAAGGGCAAGAUUGUGGGAUGCAAGUUGACGUGCGGGAGCGUGGCGAAGAUUACGAGGUUGGCGAGCGACUUUGAGCCCGAGAAGAAGGAGUUUGCGAUUUUCGGCGGCCAGAGUGAUUUCUUGAUUGGCGGGCUGGCGGUGGGCUCGAGCGGAUGUAUAGCGGCUUUUGGGAAUGUGUUUCCUCGGGCAUUGGUGGGUGUGUAUAACAAAUGGGUGCAGUGGGAUGAGGAGAAUGAUAAGGUGAAGAGGGGCCAAGCAAUAUUCAGGAGUGGGCUUCUGGCUCUGGCAGAGGAACAUCUGAAGGCUGAUGGGAUUGCGGCUGUCAAAUAUGCUGCUAGCUUGUAUACGGGGUGGAGGGCAGGAAUUUUGAACGGAGAUGGGCGAGAUGGGCCAUCUUUUUCGGUGAAGGACGGUACGAAGGGUAUGGAGUUGUUUAGGCCGAGGAAGCCGUAUCCGGAAACCAACCAGGAGACAAAGCAGAAGAUUCGGAAGGCGGUCGAUGGGGUGUUGUACCUGGGAUGGGAAAAUCUAGGUCUAUAUGAUGAAGCAUAA